AUGAAGGCAGACGAAGGGAUAUAUCAUGACUUCCUAGACCAGAAGAACCCACCUCAUCAUAUUUCUUCUUCCUCUCCUAUGAACCUAACAUCCCCACUCAUCUCAUCCCCAUCAUCUUCACCAACACCAAGAGAACCCAUGGGCAUCCCCACAAAUAAAAGGUCCCAACAUCAGGCAGCCACUGGCCACGCUGGUUCUUCCUUAUCGGGUGGACCAAAUCGCCUGUUCCCAUGCCGCUAUUGUUCCCGCCAGUUUUACACCUCUCAAGCACUUGGAGGACACCAGAACGCCCACAAGCGAGAGAGAGCCGCUGCUCGCAGAUCAGUUGUAGCCGGCGGCAGCUACCCCUCUGGCCCCACCUACUCUCCUCACCACCAUGCGCCCUUGAAUGCCCCACCACCACCACCACCUCCUCCUCCUCCUCCUUCUCAUCAUCAUUUGCCGUUGAAUGUGCCACACCAUCAUCCUCAUGACCAGAUUCAGCAUCAAGAUGAUGACCCUUUUCAGCAUUUUCCGCCUCAUCAAUAUCAAGUAUUUCACCAGGCCCAGAAUCACCAGCAGCAGCAGCCACGGCUUCUUGACCCACCAGCCGUACCCAACAUGAGCAGCAACAGUUAUAGCAGCAGCUUCUUUAUGGACAUGGAUAUGAAGCAUAAUAUUAUGCAGCAGCAGCAGCAGCAGGACAACCAACCACCACCUUUUUAUUGGGGGGUCGACCUCACUAACCACCACCUCAUCACCGCCUCCUCCACUUCCUCUCUUCCUCUUCCUCUUCCCCUUCCCCUUCGUGGCCCCACCGAAGGUAUCCCCCCUCAGCCUCAACCUCUCUCACCUGCACCUCCUACCCAUCACUAUCAUCUUCAUCCUCAGAAUGCCGUCGCUCCUCAUGACCACACUCACAGCCUUGAUCUCUCCCUCCGCCUAUAA